ACUUGUAGUUUCCCAAAUAUAAGUACAAUUAUCCAAUAAAUAACAGAAAUGCACUUCUUUCUUCCUCGAGCUAUACUGACCAUCUUCUACAGUUUUGCGACCUUACAGCAAUGGAGCAAAAAUUGCUCCAGUUGUUGCAGACAUGUAAAAAUGUAAAAGAAUUGAAGCAAACCCAUCUCCAAAUCCUCAUAAAUGGUCUCCAAGAUCGCAGCUUUAUUGUACCAAAACUCGUCAGUCUCUCCUCCGACCUCAUUUCACUUGAUUUUGCAAUCAAUGUGUUUCGAAAUUCAUGUUCUCCUAAUGUUAUUGCAUACAACACAAUGAUCAAAUGCUUCAUAGGGAAGAGUCAUAAAGACUCGUUGCGUACUUAUAAUCAAAUGAGAACGUCAUUGAUUUCACCCAACAGUUUCACCUUCACCUUUCUUCUAAGAUCUUUUGAAUCAGUUGAGGCUUUAGAAGAUGGUAGUUCAGUGCAUUGUCAUAUUGUGAAGUUUGGAUUUAAUUCGAGUGUUUUCGUUCAAAAUAAACUUCUGGAUUUCUAUGCUAAAUGUGGAAGUUUGGAUUUAGCUUGUAAGGUGUUUGAGGAAUUGCCCCAAAGAGAUGUUGUUUCAUGGAACACUAUGAUUGGAGCUUACAUGGCCAAUGGGAAGAUAGAAUCCGCAAUUGGCUUAUUUGAAUCCAUGCCAGAAAGGAACAUUGUGACUUGGAAUUCUGUCGUUGCAGGGCUUUCGAAGAUCGGGAUUAUGGAACUAGCUCGUUCGGUGUUCGAGCGCAUGCCUGAGAGAAAUGAAAUUUCCUGGAACUCCAUGAUAUCGGGAUACAUAAGAGUCGGUGAUGUGAAGACCGCAAAGUCUAUUUUUAAUCAGAUGCCCCUGAAAAGUGUGGUUUCUUGGACAGCAAUGAUAUCAGGAUACACCAUGAUUGGAGAUCUUGAAUUAGCAAGGAGAACUUUUGAUCAGAUGCCAGUUAAAAAUGUGGUCUCGUGGAAUGCAAUGAUUGCAUGUUAUGUUCAUAAUCAUAUGUUUGAUCAAGCUCUUUCCUUGUUUCGUCAUAUGUUAAUCAAUGGUGAGUGUAAACCUGAUCAGACUACUUUAAUUAGUGUAGUAUCUGCUUGUACUCAUUUGGGGUCACUUGAACAUGGAACGUGGAUUGAUUCCUAUAUUAAGAAAAACAAAUUUGACUUGUCGAAUCCGUUAGGCAAUGCUUUGAUAGACAUGUUUGCCAAAUGUGGUGAUAUAAAAAAUGCAAAAGCGGUUUUUGAUCAGAUGACUAAAAGGUGUAUAAUUACGUGGACUACAAUGGUUUCUGGACUUGCUGUUAAUGGGCAGUGUAGAGAAGCCUUAGCACUCUAUGAUAGGAUGUGUUUGGAAGGAAUAAAGCCUGAUGAUGUUAUCUUUAUCGCUGUUCUGUCAGCUUGCACUCAUGGCGGUCUGGUGGAAGAGGGUAAAAGUGUCUUUGAUCAGAUGGUCUAUGAGUUUGGAAUUAAACCCCGAAUUGAGCAUUAUGGCUGCAUGGUUGAUCUGCUUGGUCGAGCAGGGAGGCUAGAAGAAGCAGUCAGAUUCGUAGAAAGCAUGCAUGUGGAGCCUAAUGCAGUUAUUUGGGCUACUCUUCUUUCUGCUUGUAAGAUUCAUGGAAAUGAGAUUUUGUUGGAGUCUGUAACAAAAAAGAUUCUUGAUCGAGAACCUUCAAAUCCUAGCUAUUUAACACUGAUUACAAACUUGAUCUCAUCUGUUGGACGAUGGGAUGACGCUUUGAACUUUCGGGUGGCAAUGAGACAUCAGGGUAUGGAAAAAAUACCAGGUUGUAGCUCAAUCCAAAUAGGGAACAUGGUUCAUGAGUUUCUAGCUAAAGAUGUGAGGCAUGGGAAAAGAAAGGAAAUCUAUGGCGUUUUGCGUAAUCUGAAUGGACAUUUGAAGGUAGAAUAUGAUAUGCAGUGAGGAUAUUCCAAUGGGCUGAUGCACUUUGGAUGCUUCUCUUUUGGAAGAUGUUCUGAGUGACCUUGAAAGAGAUUAAAGAUUAAACCUUUAGACAGUGAAAUGUGUUUGUGCUUAAAUGACUACAGUUGAGUGUUUAUUAUUCAAGAUGGUGGGUUGUAAAACAAGGGAAGGAACACCAGAUAGUGAAUACUCUGUCCUUGUGGUUGAGUUUGCCAGUUCCAAUAAAUUUACCAAAGCUUUUUAUGAGCAGCUAACCACCGAGCAUUGGUCAUUGAAAAGUUCUGAACAACAAGAGCUGAAAGGCAGUAUCGACACCGGAAGGUGCACAGGAUCACUGGAAUAUUUGUGGAUGCAAUUAAUUCACGUUUUGUUUUUUCCAUUUUAUUUGAAGGUGGAGAUCCAUCACCUAGAAUGGAGAGAGUACAAAGAUAAGGAUUGUUUUGUGCCUGUAAAAUUUUUGAACUUUAUGGAGAAAUUUGGAGACUCCCUGGAUAGUCUUGCCUGUAACUAAGACUUGCUUGCUAGAAGAUGCACUAUUUUUGGCUGAGAACACCUUUGCUCAGUUGAUAAGAGUUGAACAAUUUCUUUAAAUAUUCUUGCAGACUUUUAUUGGUGUAUUUUCACUACACUAUUGUAUAUUACCAACAUCGUGGAAUGCUAUUUGAAUUUGGCAUUUCAAGAUUUGGAGAUAAUUUUAGAAAACCAGAAUCUUAUAAAAUCUUAAAAUUUCCUAUUUACCCUUAAUCGUCAUAAUUGGAGAUAUCUGAGAACCUUGAUUCCUAACAUGUUACAGAUUUACAUAUACAUACAAUUUAUACGUGCAUACAUGUUUGUCAUUUGAAAUAUAUACUUAAUCUGUAUUUUCAGUUUCAAAAUUUGCUGAAUAUCAGUGGAUAUAAUACUCUCAACUUAUUUUUGUUAUGAAAACUUGUUUUUGGUUUUUCUUCUAUAUACAUUUGUCCUUUGCAGGCAUGUUCCCUUGCAUUUUAAGGAUAGUUUUCUUUCGACCAAAAAAUAUAUAUAUAUAUAAUUCUCAAAUUCUUCAAGCUUCAAGGAUGAUAGUAGUAUGAAAUUUAUGGUGUGGAUAAUCUUGCUAUGUUCAUUUGCAGAUGAGUUCUGUGAAGCCCACUUGAUGUGUUUCUGAAGCUGCAUCUUUUUGGAGGGCGAAUAGAUUUUAUGAUGCCAUUCAUAGUCUUUUAUCCAGGAAGAUCUGUCAUCCGGGCAUGGUGCACAACCUCUAUUUCCCCAUCAGUAUGCAAUUGUGCAAGCAAUCCAUGGAUCAGGUACUUUGUUGUGAUUUAUUUAUUUAUAUUUAAAAAAGGGUAAAUUUCACUAACCUCUUGAGGUUUGGGAUGUGACUUUGCAUAGUUCGUGAUGUUUCGUUAUAAAGCUGCAAUUUAUGAGCACUACCUUUCCAAGUCUGGCUAGUAAGGUGUCUGAACAAAAACACUAGAAUCAUUCACUUUAAAUGAGUUCUAUUAUACUCUUCUAACCAAUUGUAAAAUGUGUUUUGUUUGUGUGAAGAAAAACAAAAUAAAAAAGAAUAUUACUAUCAAAUUGCUAAAUUGACUUGGGUUGAAGUUGAAUUCAAAUUGAAAAGUUGGACAACACGCCAGGAAAAGAAAAUGUAGCAUUAUACGACUUCAGCAAUCCUGAUCUGUUCAUUUUUUUUCUUCCAAAUUUAUUAGCAGUCUCAAGAAAUACACUAAACUUAGAAGAUCAGAAUUAAGUGAAUGAAACUGUUGAUCCCUCGAAUUUGGUCAUUAAUUUACAUGGUAUAUACUCGUCCGAAACUUCGAAUGAGUGUAAACGCAAUGAAUGUCAAGACAGCAAUAAUGGCUUCUUCACAAGAGCCUCUAUUUCUACACACCUUUUUGCUCAGUUCAUGCACUUGCUGAAAUUUUUUUAAUUACAAUUUUAUUCUAAAAUAAAACUAUCAAAAUACCCUUAUCUUCUCUAUCCAUACCCUAAUCCCCAAACCACCUUAGCUGCCUGUCACCACCCAAGUCACACCCACAAUCAUCAGCCGCCAUCCCAUCCCCCUCCCCUGUCGCUGCCAACCCUUCCCCAGCGUUACCAGCCUGCCCCACUUCUUCUCAAGUGUCAGCAAUCCUCCCCAUUUCCUAAUAUUAACAAGACCCCGUAAUAUUUUUGUCAAACUCAGUACACAAGACCAAAAUGAUAGCGAACUAUAAAUGGUCUUGACUAAGAUUGUAUAAGGAAAAAGAAAGGAUCGCCAAUGCCACAACAGAAUGAUUAGGGUAGUGUUUGCCUUAAACUUCAUCCUUAUCAAGUACGAAGUUAUAAAAGGUAGUACUUCGUGCACGCUUCGCACAUAAAAAAAGUUAAUUCAUGGUCUAAAUUUAUUGUAAGUGUUAAAUUUUCUAUGCACAAGAAUUUCUGUGAUUUUUUUUUUUUUUUAAUGCACAUAUCAUUAUUGAAGUUAUAAAUGCCUUCUGAGUUUCUAUACCAACCCAAAAUAAAGUAAGAAAAAAAAA